CCCUUAGACUCAUUCUGUCAUCUUUGUCAUUUCUUUAGCAGAGGCUAGCCAGCCAGGAAUAAUGCCAAGUUUCAAUUGGAAUCAAAGCGAAUGACUUCACAAGCCGCGCCCGUCACUACCCCCGUGCAUUUGCACCCUCUAUCUCCAAACGAAAUAUCGUCCCGAGGGCGUAGAACACGUGGAGCUCAGGAUGUAGACGAAACGCGGUCUCCUAGCAAUUAUUUUACUCUUAAAGCUCAGUCAGAGAAACUUGCGGAACCGGAAAGCAAGAGCGCCAAUAACAAGGCAAAUUGGGAGGGCAGCGUUCGCGGAUUUGGGAAGCCUGAUGCGACCAGUGCAGAAUUAGUGACAGAUCGUGGGGCAUCUUCCAGCUCCCUUUCGGCACUUUGGGAGAGACCAAUGCAUCAAGCGCCGCGAUUUAUCAUUGGACCACCUUUUGAUACCAAUUUCCUUGUUCCUCCAGGCUCACUUCCUCCAAGAACUACUCUCCCAGAUGGCACUUCCGAAGUGUCUUCGUCAAUCACAACACAAGUACUUGCCAAUAAGUGGCACGAGUACUCAGAUGAGGCCAUCCAGGCCGCAAUAUCCAGACUUGCUGUCGCAGAGUCUCCGUCAGAUGUUGACACUCAUCCAUACCACUCCGCACUUCGUGUGCUUUCAUCCGCUCUUCACAGUUUGUCAAGAGCCAGAAUAGAGCUUGAAGAACAUAGAAAGUUAUUGCAACAAAAGGAGGCAGCGCGCAAAGAGCGUGCUGAAUCUUUGCUAUCAGAGCUGCAGCCCUCCGAACGAGAGGUGGCAAAACGGGUCAUUCAAUCAAUCUUCACCGACGACGACGAGAUACGCCAUCGAGUUCAGCGUCGGGGAAGCCUUUCUUCACUCAAGACAUCGUUGACGGAAGCUAUCGAAGAUGACACUCUACUUUCACGCAGCGUUCCGGAUGAUACCGUGACUCCCUUAGCAUCGACUCAGCUUGGCACAUCUGCGCAAUUGCCUCAAACAAGUGAAACGGCAACCGUUGAACCAGAGGAAACGGCCGAUAGGAUAGGGUCAAUGGCACCUGAUAAAUCGGUGGCCAUGUUAGUCCCCGAAUCCAUUGUACUGCCCGUUACCAGGGUUGCCGAGAUUGUCUCAGAGCCUCCAGCUCCUGUUCAUCACGCAAGGCAUGAAAGAGCGACUUGGAUGGGUACCUGGUGGCAGAAAGGGAAACCUAAACAAACCCGUGCGCUGAACACAACUUCCGUGAAGGAAACUCCUCAAGCUCCUGGAAAACAACCAUCUCGAGACUCAUCCCCACAUUCAGAACCCCUUUCUCCCCCUACCCUACCUAGUCUUUCGCGCAGGAAAAGCAGUAGAAGCGUCUUCGAGAGCUUGGGUAUUUCUAUACUCAAUCCUACUGUACCAUCAUCCUCUACGACGAAACCACCAUCAAAUCCGAAACCUGUAGCAGAGCCGUCAUUCAAAGCACGCAUAGAUGGCACAAAGUCUUCUGUGAGCUCUUCACCUGUGUUGAGCACGUUUUCUGCUCCUGCGCCUGUUGCACCGCAUUUAGCAACUGUUGGAGAAGUCUCUGAUCUAAGAUCAGAGAGUUCCACUACCUCUCCCUCAUUGACGGAGGAAAAGCCGCCACAAGGCGCAUCACUCCGCGCCAUUGCGCAUGCUACUCGAGUUAUGACCUCGGAUCCAGGUAGCAUCCUGACUGAUCAAGGCCGAGAAACAAGUCCUUUGAUUGCCAAACUGGCCCUAGAGCUUGUCAGGCGUGCCCGGGACGAGCAUGUGUCAUUCCGCGAGCCUCAGAAGCCCCGAGAGAAGAGGGAGCAUAGACCAAGUAAGGCUGAGAUGGGAGAGCAGAUAAUAGCGCACGCAACCCUCAGUCCUAUCGAGGGCACAGAUGCAAGUACGGCUCUGAACCGCACGUUGACCACUCAAGGCAAAUCCGUCCGUAAAUCCAGGUCGCGGACAGCAAAUAUGAUUUCACCGUUUACAUCGCCUAUCUUCGGUUCUUUCAUGCCGCAGCAGAAGAAAUCCUUACCUAUUGCGGAGGCCUCGAAAACAACAAGCGAGGGCACGACGUCCACCAUACGAUCGGGUAAUAAUCCAGUGCAACAGCAACAGUCUGCGAAUAAACCAGGCUCGGUCCCCCUAGAGUCCAUCAUACCCGCGACUGCGAAGCCGCCGACUCAUUACCUUUCCCGCACAUACACUCCUCUCACUGCUCCAGACUUUCACUUUACCAUCCCUCUUCCUACCACCGCAUCUCGGUUCACAAUUUACCGCGACGACGAAAGCAAGCAACCUCUUACGGAUCGCUAUGGCUUCAUUUAUGAUGUCUCGCAGUAUGACGUCUUGCUACUCAUCCGGGCGAAGGAAUGCGGCAACACAGCUCCCGCAUGCCUGACCGGCGUCAAAAUUGCUGACCGCAAAGAAAGUAAUUCUUGGUCAGACGAUGAUGAAGACGACCGGAAGGAUGUGAUUAAGAUCGUAAAGGAAUCAUGCAGUUGCGGUGGAGAAGGCAAUCCAUUGUCGCCGGUUCCAUCUGGUCCUUCUAAUGGCAAGGGAGUAUCAUCAUCAUCCCCUCCAGAUAGCAGCAGUGCUUCGCGCCGUUCUCGCGCUGGCUCAGCGUCAUCUUCUCGGCCCCGCUCCACUACUGUCACUUCUAUGGCUGCGCCACCUGCUGUCUUCGCGCUUCAUUCUAGUGCCGCGAUUCUGGUUGUGACCCAGUCCACGCCUCGUCAUGUCUGCGCUAAUGUUAUCCGACAUCUUCUCGAUGACAUGACCAAGAUUCACGAUCAGAACCAGGGUGCCAAGAGGAAAGAGUGGGAUGUCUUUGUGAAACAACGCAGCAAAGUCAAGUUACCCAAGAAUGUCCUACCUGCGGUCAUGAACUCUGGAGGAGGUGCUGCCGCUCUUCUUGGCUUGGGCACUUCAGUCGAGGAAGAAGAAUUAUCGCAUUCAGAGGGCCUCAUUGGCUUUGCUCAACUGGGCCUGUCGUCAAACAAGGACGAGAGGAAAGAGUUUGAUCGGUUGGUUCGAGGGGGCAUACCCCUAGUUUACCGCUCCAAGCUCUGGCUGGAGUGCAGCGGAGGCUUGGAUAUGCGCGAACCUGGCAUUUUUGGCGACUUGCUGGCUCAUGUUGACGGGGACGACUUGGUUUGUGUGGAAAUCGAGAAGGAUGUUGGUAGGACUAUGCCGCUGAACGUCUUCUUUGGAGGUGACGGUGCCGGGGUUGACAAACUUCGUCGCGUACUCAGAGCAUAUAGUCGUCGCAACCCUGCUGUAGGGUAUUGUCAGGGUAUGAACCUGGUGACUUCCACUUUGUUGCUAGUACAUGCCGAUGAAGAAGAGGCGUUCUGGGUGCUCUCAGCCAUCAUCGAACGAUUACUUCCGGAAGAUUUCUUUUCGCCUUCGCUUUUACCAUCUCGUGCAUGUCCUCUGGUCCUCCUUGAAUAUGUACAGGAGACCAUGCCUAAACUUUACAUGCAUUUGACCGCCCUCGGCGUCGACCUUCCAGCCAUCUGCUUCUCUUGGUUUUUAUCGCUCUUCACAGAUUGUCUUCCAAUAGAGACGCUUUUCAGGGUAUGGGACGUCUUUUUGGUUGAUGGACUCGAUGUCCUCUUCCGUGUCGCCCUCGGCAUCCUUCGCAAUAACGAACAAGAACUGCUGCAAUGCGAAUCCAACUCUGCCGUUUAUGUCUCUUUAGAGAACCUGCCUACCAGGAUGUGGCAGUCCGAUAAACUACUCCAGCUGGAGCUCGACCUUAGAAACACGAUCUCACAUGCUGAUCUCGUCAGGAGACGGGAAAUGCACGUUGUUGCGCUCAAACAUCUUAUGGCAUAGCUGUUGUCUCUUCUAAGUCUUUUACUGUUAUGCAUCAGGACACUAAGUAAUAUCAGCACAUUACGCAUCGCUUUGAAUACAGUCCAGACGCUCUGAGAGCAUUUUUUGGUGGCUGUUGUAUUUAAACCGAGAGACGUUAGGACCCUUAGUUCC